AGACUGUAUACAGGAAAUAUUUCUCGUCGAAUCUUCAAAAGCAUGCAUAGGCUAAUAUAAUAUAUAUACACUUGGAGGGGGGAGGAGCAGAAAGGAAUUCAAUACCCUGAAUUAGGACAUCAUUCCAAAAUGAGAAGUCUCACCGUUAGCAUUCUAAUCAGGCGGCAGCCCGCAGCAAUAUCGACCCCGAAUUCAUUCUGCUUAAAGCUUCAAAUCUAUCGGCUGCGCCUGACACCCCGGGCAUGCAACAACCUUUACGUAAAUCUCUCAGGGCUGAAAUUCUUAUAUGACUCGGGGAAAAGUCUUGCUCCUGUGAAAAAAGCAUUUAUCCAUAACUCUGGUCCUGCAUGCAUGAUAAAAUAUUUUUCCACAAAAUUCCACUUCACAGUUGCUAUUUAAAGAUGUGAUUUUGAUUCCAAAACUUUUUGUAGAUAACCACAAGUACUUCUCCCUAAGCAAAGAAAUUGUGAGAGAAGGAGCUAUUCUCAAAGUGUCCUAUAUCUUAUACGUGCUCAAUCUCAUUAUAAAGAUGAGCCACAAACAGAAAGGAUAUGUUAUGUUCUUUCAAUUUCCACCAAGAAUCAAGUUGAGAAGAGAGUCGGAAAGAUUUCCCUUCCUCUUCUUCUCCUUUAUUCUAGUACUCUGCAGAUCACACGUUUGCAAUGCAGUUGACACAAUAACCACCAUUGAACCACUCCGAGAUGGUGAAACCAUCACUUCCUCAGGUGGAAAUUUUGAACUGGGAUUUUUCAGCCCAGGCAAUUCCAGCAGCCGAUACGUAGGUAUACGGUAUAACAACAUAUCUUCCACAACCGUGGUAUGGGUUGCCAACAGAGGGGCUCCACUUACCAAUGCAUCAGGUAUCUUGAAGGUUGCUAAGUCCGGACAGUUGAUUCUUUUAGAUUAUGCUAAUAACAUCAUCUGGUCUACAAAUUUGUCCAGACCUGUGCAGAAUCCGUUUGCUCAGCUUUUAGAUUCUGGGAAUUUUAUCCUGAAAGAUUCGGACGAUGAAAAUUCGGAUAAUUUUCUCUGGCAGAGUUUCGAUCAUCCAACUGAUACACUUUUACCUGGCAUGAAGCUUGGUUGGAACUUGGAAACCGGCCAGGAGUUCUAUCUGACAUCUUGGAAGAACGAGAAUGAUCCAGCACCUGGCGAGUUUACAUAUCGCACAGAUAUUACUGGAUAUGCGGAACACGUGCUGAGAAAGGGCCCUAUUGUGAUAAGUCGAGGAUUACCUUGGACUGGCAUUGAAACUGUGGAUUAUAGUGGGGCUCCAAAUACUGGGAAAAAUCCUGUAUACUCGUUUGCUCUAGUUUAUAACCAGAGAGAGUUGUAUUUCAGCUAUCAACUCCUGAAUUCUUUUGCUUCAAGGUUUGUAUUAAAUCAAAGUGGUGUUGCACAGAAUUGGUUAUUGUUCGAUGAUGAAAGAGAAGGUUGGGUCCUUCACUUUAAUAUACCAAAUAAUACCUGUGAUUCUUAUGGACUGUGCGGACCAUAUGGUGCUUGCAAUAUUGCAAAUGAUCCAAUAUGUGGAUGUUUGGAAGGAUUUCAACCAAAAUAUCCUCAUCGAUGGGUUAAGAAAGAUUGGUCAGGUGGGUGUAUCAGGAGGACGCCCCUGAAUUGCGAGAACGGAGAUGAAAACGGUUUCUUGAAGUAUUCUGUUUUUACGUUUCCAGAAACAAAAAAUACCUGGUACAGUGGAGAUAUGGCUCUUGAAGAUUGCAAGACUCUCUGCUUGAAGAAUUGCUCUUGUACGGCUUAUGCAAAUCCAGAUGCACGUGAUGGAGGAAGCGGCUGCUUGCUUUGGUUUGAACAGCUCAUUGACAUCAGAGAGAAUUCUCAAGGGCAAGAUGUCUACAUUAGGCUGGCUUCAACUGAAUUAGUAUCUCGCAACGGCUUUAGCUGGAGGACAAGAGUAACACGUAUAGUUGGUGUAUCACUAUCGAGCGGAGUGCUUCUUUUAGGCCUUAGCCUUACACUAUAUCGCAAACGGAAGAAGAAGUUAGAGGAUUACGAGGAUGAAGAACUGGUGCUCUUUGAUUUAGACACGCUAAUUCAAGCUACUAGUAACUUUUCACCCAGUAAUAAGCUUGGAGAGGGUGGAUUUGGGCCGGUCUACAAGGGCGUGUUAGAAGAUGGACAGGAGAUAGCAGUGAAGCGACUUUCAAAAACUUCCACUCAAGGGCUUGAUGAGUUCAAGAACGAAGUUAUAUACAUCACCAAGCUCCAACAUCGAAAUCUUGUUAAAAUGUUAGGUUGCUGCAUUCAGGGAGAAGAAAAGAUGCUGAUAUAUGAAUUCAUGCACAACCGAAGCCUGGAUUCCUUUAUAUUUGAUCCAGCACGAAGCAGAUUGCUUGAUUGGCCUCAGCGAUUCAACAUAAUUAAUGGUAUAGCUCGGGGACUUUUAUAUCUUCAUGAAGAUUCACGACUGAGAAUUAUCCAUAGAGACCUAAAGGCUAGCAACAUUUUGCUAGAUGACACAAUGAACCCAAAGAUAUCAGAUUUUGGAACGGCUAGAAGUUUCAUAGGUAAUGAGACUGGAGCUAGGACAGACCGAGUAGCUGGAACAUAUGGCUACAUGUCACCAGAGUAUGCAAUGCAAGGCCGUUUUUCAGUAAAAUCUGAUGUAUUUAGUUUUGGAGUGACAAUACUUGAGAUUGUCAGUGGUCAGAAAAAUAAUGCAUUUGUCCACCCUGGUCACCACCACAGCCUUCUAGGCCAUGCGUGGAAACUAUACAAAGAAGGAAGGUCAUUGGAACUAGUUGACGAGAGCCUAGGAAACUACUCCACUGGUUUAACAGAUGUAUUACGAUCAAUCCAUGUUGGUCUGUUGUGUGUUCAACAAUAUCCAGAAGAUAGACCCAACAUGUCUGCUGUGGUUAUGAUGUUAGGUAAUGAAGGGGCUCUUCCUCAAGCUCAUCAGCCUGGUUUUUUCGCGGAAAGAAAUGAAUCUUGUUCUGCCGCCUGUGUUGCUAGCUCACAAAAUGAUAUGACUAUUACAAUCUUAGAGCCUCGAUAAACAAUUCGAAUCUCCCAAGCUAGCAUCAAAUAAUGGUCCAAUUCUUCCAAAAUUGACCCACAGCCACAGGAAUAUUCCAUCACGUAGCAGCCGCCACUAUUGAUCUCCUGAACUAGAUUAUGCCCCUUGCACAAUAAGAUGCAGAGUUAGAGAGACGAAUUUUCAGCACGACGCUUGUAAGAUCCUUUUCAUAAACGAUAAUACAUGAUGACU